AAAAUCAUGAAAUCUCUCAUCUGGCAGUUGCUCCCUUCUCAGUUGCGCCACUUCUCGGAGGAAAAGAGGCGGCAAGCUGUUUCUAUCGUAUCUAACCUUUUAUCAUCAGUGCCCCGCCCUCCCAUGCUGCCCAUGGCGCUUCCAAACCUGCCCACUCUCCUCCUCUUCCUUUUCUGUCUCUCCCGGAGCUCCGCUCGUUAUCAUCCCCUCGACCCUCUCACCCCUUCCGAAAUCUCCACCAUCUGUCGCACAAUCAAAUCUUCCCAUCUCGCCUCAUCCAAAUCACUAGCCUUCCACUACGUUGGCCUGGACGAGCCCGACAAGCCCGACGUGCUCGCCUGGCAGUCCGGCCGCCGCGCCGCCCUCCACCGCCGAGCCUUCGUCAUCGCUCGUGCCGAUGGACAGACCCAUGAACUCUACAUCGACAUAUCCAACAACAACUCCAUCACGUCCGACAAAAUCUACGACGGCUUCGGAUACCCCAGGGUCAACGUCGAGGAGCAAGCGGCGGCCUCCGCCUUGCCGUUCAACCACACGCCGUUCGUGGAGUCGGUGAGGAAGAGGGGGUUGGAGCUAAAGGAGGUGGUGUGCCUCGCGUCCACGGUGGGGUGGUUUGGGGAGGGGAGGCAGGGGAGGAGGCUGGUAAACCUGCUGUGCUUCGUGACGGGAGACACGGUGAACCUCUAUACGAGGCCUUUGGAGGGGGUGACGAUAUUGGUGGAUUUGGAUGCCAUGGAGAUUGUGGAGUAUAAGGAUAGGAAGGUGGUUCCGGUGCCGAAGGCGGCCGGGACGGACUACCGAGCGUCGAAGCAGGAGCCGCCGUUCGGGCCACAGACAAAGCCUGGGGUGGUGGUCCAGCCGCAGGGCAAGGGGUUCACGAUCGACGGCCACAUUGUCAGUUGGUCCAACUGGGUCUUCCACUUGAGUUUUGACGCCCGAGCAGGCGUCAUCAUCUCCCUGGCGUCAGUGCAAGAGACGGAGAACUGGACACACCGUAGCGUACUAUAUAGGGGGCAUGUGUCUGAGCUGUUCGUACCUUACAUGAAUCCAUCCGAGGAGUGGUACUACCGGACAUUCUUCGAUGCAGGAGAAUACGGGUUUGGGCUUUGUGCGUCACCCUUGGAGCCCAUGAUGGACUGCCCAGCCGAUGCAACGUUCAUGGACGCCUGCUACGCCGGGCAAGACGGCAAGCCUGUCGUGAUUCCGAAUGCUCUCUGCGUGUUCGAGCGCUACGCCGGAGAUCCUUCAUGGCGACACUCCGAAUUUGAGAUUCCAGGAAAAGUGGUCACGGAGGGUCGCGCUGAUGCCAGUCUGGUUGUCAGGAUGGUCGGCACAAUUGCGAAUUAUGACUAUGUGAUGGACUGGGAGUUCAAGAUCAGUGGCUCCAUCAAACUAGGGGUUCAAACGACAGGCGUUGUACAAGUGAAGGCCACGCCCUACGCUCACGUGGACCAAAUAACAGAGGAUGAACACGGCACUUUGGUUGCCGAGAAUACGAUGGGAGUCUACCACGACCACUACAUCACCUACUACCUCGACCUGGACAUCGACGGCUCCAACAAUUCCUUCGUCAACUCCAAGCUUAAGACUGUGAGAGUAACUGAUGGUGGCACUCCCAGAAAGAGCUACUGGACCGUCGUCGGAGAGACGGCCAAGACAGAGGCCGAUGGACGGGUGGCGCUCGGCUCGGAACCGGCCUAUCAGCUGGUCGUCAACCCGAACAAGAGGACUAAGCUGGGGAACAACGUGGGCUACCGGCUCAUCAGUAAUGGGGCGACGGCCACCUCUCUACUCUCCGACGAUGACUACCCCCAGAUACGAGCGAGUUAUACGAAGAAGCAGCUGUGGGUGACGGCCUACAACAAGUCGGAGAGGUGGGCGGCUGGUCUUUAUACUGACCAAAGUAGAGGAGACGACAACUUGGCAGUGUGGAGCCAGAGGAACCGAGUAAUUGAAGACAGAGAUAUUGUUUUGUGGUACACUGUUGGUUUUCAUCACAUCCCUUGUCAAGAAGAUUUUCCACUGAUGCCAACGCUAGCAGGUGGCUUUGAGCUUCGGCCUUACAAUUUUUUUGAGAGUAAUCCUUUAAUUAAAAUUAGACCACACUAGCAAGUAUUGUUGUCUGAUGGUGCCAAUUUGUCCCGGAUGAAAGAAGAUUAAUAAGUCUCAUCUUGCCAAUAUUUCACUCGCACUACUAGUGUAAUGGAAUAAUCUAUUUUGAAGAACAUUCUAUGUUCCAGACCAAAAUUGAAGUAGGUCUAUUUUAUGUGC